AUGCCUGUACUUGGGGUUGCCUCAAAACUGAGGCAGCCAGCUGUUGGGUCAAAGCCUCUUCAUGCUGCUCUUCUGACACCGAAUCUUGGCUCUACCGUAUCCCAGCAUUAUUCUUCAGGACCUCUGGAGCUUGCUAAAGCAGAGAGUUCAAUGCUUUCUUGUCAGCUUGCAUUAAAAUCAACCUGUGGAUUUAGAGAGGAGGAAUCCCUCCAAGGAAAAGCCAAGGAGAAAGAAGACAGCAAGAUUUACACUGACUGGGCCAACCACUACCUAGCGAAAUCGGGUCACAAGCGGCUGAUCAAGGAUUUGCAACAGGACAUUGUGGAUGGAGUGCUGCUAGCAGAAAUCAUCCAGAUCAUCGCAAAUGAAAAAGUUGAAGAUAUCAAUGGAUGUCCUAGAAGUCAUUCUCAGAUGAUUGAAAAUGUUGAUGUCUGCCUUAGUUUUCUAGCCGCCAGAGGAGUAAAUGUUCAAGGUCUAUCUGCUGAAGAAAUAAGAAAUGGAAACUUAAAAGCCAUUCUAGGGCUGUUUUUCAGUUUGUCUCGCUACAAGCAGCAGCAGCACCGUCAACAGCAGUAUUACCAGUCUUUGGUGGAGCUUCAGCAGCGAGUCACCCACACGGCCCCUCCUCCGGAACCCAGUCAGGUCAAGACACAGCAAGAUAUGCAGUCCAGUCUCACAGCCAGAAAUGCAACUCAGUCUAAUCACAGUGGAAUUGCAACCAGUCAGAAAAAGCCUACUAGACUUCCAGGACCCUCUCGGGUACCAGCCGCAGGCAGCAGCGGCAGCAAGGCCCAGGGAGCAUCCAAUCUAAACCGAAGGAGUCAGAGCUUCAACAGCAUUGACAAAAACAAGCCUCCAAAUUACUCAAAUGGAAACGAAAAAGAUUCCUCCAAAGGCCCUCCACUGUCUUCAGGUGUAAAUGGUAACCUGCAGCCUCCUGGCACCCCUGGGCAGCCCCCUGCCUCUGCCAUCCCAUCUCCCAGUACCAGCAAACCCUGGCGCAGCAAGUCUAUGAACGUCAAGCACAGCGCCACUUCCACCAUGCUGACUGUAAAGCAGUCGAGCCCAGCCACCUCUCCUACCCCAUCUUCUGACAGACUGAAGCCACCUGUCUCAGAAGGAGUCAAACCAGCGCCCUCGGGACAGAAAUCUAUGCUUGAAAAAUUCAAGCUGGUCAAUGCACGGACUGCUUUAAGGGCCCCGCAGUCUCCCAGUUCAGGACCCACCGAUGCUGGCAAGGAUGAUGAUGUCUUUUCUGAAUGUAGUGAGAUGGAAGGUUUUAAUAGUGGUCUGAACAGUGGGGGCUCAACAAGUAGCAGCCCCAAAGUGUCACCUAAAUUGGCUCCUCCAAAAGCUGGAAGCAAAGCCCUCAGCAAUAAAAAGUCUUUGCUACAGCCAAAGGAAAAAGAGGAAAAAAACAGGGACAAAAAUAAAAUUUGCACUGAUAAACCAGUUAAAGAAGAGAAGGAUCAGGUGACUGAGACAGCUCCAAAAAAAACCUCCAAAAUUGCCAGCUUGAUCCCAAAGGGCAGUAAGACCGCAGCAGCCAAGAAGGAAAGUUUAAUUCCAUCUUCUAGUGGGAUUCCAAAACCAGGCUCAAAGAUGCCCUCGGUAAAACAAACCAUUUCACCUGGAAGUUCAGCAAGCAAAGAGUCUGAAAAAUUCAGGACUACCAAGGGAAGUCCUUCCCAGUCCUUACCCAAGCCCAUAACCACCGAGAAAUCAAGCACAUCUGACUGCCCUGCCCCUUCGGAUGCGAGGGAAGCUGGCCACGCUUUGCCCUCUGGCCCCUGCACUAUGGGCAUGCAGGGCAGCACUCAGAGCGCAGGAAAUGGUGCCGUGCAGCUCCCUCAGCAGCAGCAGCAGCAGCACAGCCACCCGAACACGGCCACCGUGGCUCCGUUCAUUUACAGAGCACAUACAGAAAAUGAAGGGACCUCUUUACCAUCUGCAGACUCCUGUACCAGCCCCACGAAGAUGGACUCAUCAUACAGUAAGACUGCUAAGCAGUGCCUGGAGGAGAUAUCCGGUGAAGACCCAGAGACAAGAAGAAUGAGAACAGUUAAAAACAUAGCAGAUCUGAGGCAGAAUUUAGAGGAAACUAUGUCUAGUCUUCGUGGGACUCAGAUAAGCCACAGCACCCUGGAGACAACAUUUGACAGCACUGUGACGACCGAAGUGAAUGGAAGGAGCAUCCCCAACCUGACAGGUCGACCUACGCCCAUGACCUGGAGGCUCGGUCAGGCGAGUCCACGGCUGCAGGCCGGAGACGCGCCCUCCAUGGGCGCCGGUUACUCCCGCAGUGGGACCAGCCGGUUCAUCCACACCGACCCCUCUAGGUUCAUGUACACAACCCCUCUCCGCAGAGCCGCUGUCUCUCGGCUGGGAAACAUGUCACAGAUGGAUAUGAGUGAGAAAGCCAGCAGUGACCUGGACAUGUCUUCAGAGGUGGAUGUGGGUGGAUACAUGAGCGAUGGCGACAUUCUGGGGAAAAGCCUCCGGUCCGACGACAUCAACAGUGGGUACAUGACAGAUGGUGGGCUUAACCUGUACACAAGAAGUCUGAACCGGGUACCAGACACCCCAACUUCCAGGGAUGCUAUCCAAAGGGGUGCUCAUGAUGUGACAGUGGAUGCAGACAGCUGGGAUGACAGCAGCUCUGUGAGCAGUGGACUCAGUGACACCCUCGAUAACAUCAGCACUGAUGACCUGAACACCACAUCCUCAGUCAGCUCUUACUCCAACAUCACUGUGCCCUCCAGGAAGAGCACUCAGCCAAAGACAGAUUCAGAGAAACGUUCAACAGCAGAAGAGACCUGGGAUGGUCCCGAGGAGCUGAAAAAAACAGAAGAGGAUUUUGACAGCCAUGGUGAUGGUGGUAGCAAGUGGAAGAGUGGCUCCUCCGCCGGUGUCCCCGAGGAGUCAGAGAAGGCCGGGCAGAAAGCCUCCCUGGCUGUUUCGCAGACAGGCUCCUGGCGGAGAGGCGUGUCUGCCCAGGGCAACACUCCGGCCAGACAGAAAGCGGGAACCGGUGCGCUCAAGACCCCUGGGAAAACAGAUGACGCCAAAGCUUCAGAGAAAGGGAAAACUCCCCUGAAAGGAUCAUCUCUACAAAGAUCUCCUUCAGAUGCUGGAAAAAGCAGUGGGGAUGAGGGGAAAAAGCCCCCAUCAGGCAUUGGAAGGUCGACUGCCACCAGCUCUUUUGGAUUUAAGAAGCCGAGCGGAGUUGGGUCAUCUACAAUGAUCACUAGCAGUGGGGCAACCAUCACAAGUGGCUCAGCAACUCUGGGCAAAAUCCCCAAAUCUGCUGCCAUUGGCGGGAAGUCCAAUGCAGGGAGAAAAACCAGUCUAGAUGGGUCCCAGAACCAGGAUGAUGUUGUACUGCAUGUGAGCUCGAAGACAACCCUGCAGUACCGCAGCUUGCCCCGCCCAUCAAAGUCCAGCACUAGUGGCAUUCCCGGGAGAGGUGGCCACAGGUCCAGCACCAGCAGCAUUGACUCCAAUGUCAGCAGCAAGUCGGCUGGUGCCACCACCUCCAAGCUGAGAGAACCGACAAAGAUUGGGUCGGGGCGCUCCAGUCCUGUCACCGUGAACCAAACAGACAAAGAGAAGGAAAAAGUAGCAGUCUCUGAUUCCGAGAGUGUUUCUUUAUCAGGUUCCCCCAAGUCCAGCCCCACCUCUGCCAGUGCCUGUGGUACCCAAGGCCUGAGACAGCCAGGCUCCAAGUAUCCAGAUAUCGCCUCACCUACAUUCCGAAGGUUGUUUGGUGCCAAGGCAGGGGGCAAAUCUGCCUCUGCACCUAGUACUGAGGGGGUGAAAUCUUCCUCAGUAGUGCCCAGCCCUAGUACCACAUUAGCGCGGCAAGGCAGUCUGGAGUCACCGUCGUCGGGGACGGGCAGCAUGGGCAGUGCUGGUGGGCUGAGUGGCGGCAGCAGCCCUCUCUUCAAUAAACCCUCAGACCUAACGACAGAUGUUAUAAGCUUAAGUCACUCUUUGGCCUCCAGCCCAGCAUCGGUUCACUCUUUCACAUCAGGUGGUCUGGUGUGGGCUGCCAAUCUGAGCAGUUCCUCUGCCUCUGCCGGCAGCAAGGACACUCCGAGCUACCAGUCCAUGACUAGCCUCCAUACGAGCUCGGAGUCCAUUGACCUGCCCCUCAGCCAUCACGGCUCCUUGUCUGGACUGACCACAGGUGCUCACGAGGUGCAGAGCCUGCUCAUGAGAACGGGUAGUGUGAGAUCUACUCUCUCAGAAAGCAUGCAGCUUGACAGAAAUACACUCCCCAAAAAGGGACUAAGAUACACCCCGUCAUCUCGGCAGGCCAACCAAGAAGAGGGCAAAGAGUGGCUGCGUUCUCAUUCUACUGGAGGCCUGCAGGAUACCGGCAGCCAGUCGCCUCUGGUCUCUCCUUCUGCCAUGUCAUCUUCUACUACAGGAAAAUACCACUUUUCCAACUUGGUGAGUCCAACAAACCUGUCCCAGUUCAAUCUUCCCGGCCCCACCAUGAUGCGCUCCAACAGCAUCCCUGCCCAAGACUCUUCCUUUGAUCUCUAUGAUGAUGCACAGCUUUGUGGAAGUGCCACGUCUCUGGAGGAGAGACCCCGGGCCAUCAGUCACUCAGGCUCAUUCAGGGACAGCAUGGAAGAAGUUCAUGGCUCCUCGCUGUCCUUGGUGUCUAGCACUUCCUCGCUUUACUCCACAGCUGAAGAAAAGGCUCAUUCAGAGCAAAUCCAUAAGCUGAGGAGAGAACUGGUUGCAUCUCAAGAAAAAGUUGCUACUCUCACAUCUCAACUUUCAGCAAAUGCUCAUCUCGUAGCAGCUUUUGAAAAGAGUUUAGGAAAUAUGACUGGCCGAUUGCAGAGUCUAACGAUGACGGCAGAACAAAAGGAAUCAGAACUUAUAGAACUAAGAGAAACCAUUGAAAUGCUGAAGGCCCAGAAUUCUGCUGCCCAGGCUGCUAUUCAGGGAGCCCUGAACGGUCCAGACCACCCUCCCAAAGACCUCCGCAUCAGAAGACAGCAUUCUUCUGAAAGUGUUUCUAGUAUCAACAGUGCCACCAGCCAUUCCAGUAUUGGCAGUGGUAACGAUGCUGACUCGAAGAAGAAGAAAAAGAAAAACUGGGUGAACUCUAGAGGAAGUGAGCUAAGAAGCUCUUUCAAGCAAGCCUUCGGAAAGAAGAAGUCCACCAAGCCACCUUCUUCACAUUCAGACAUUGAAGAGCUUACUGAUUCGUCCCUUCCUGCGUCCCCCAAGCUGCCCCAUAAUGCCAGUACCUGCGGCUCCACAUCCAUGAAGCCCUCUCAUUCUGCUUCAGCGUCACCCCUUGUUUGGCCACCAAAGAAACGGCAAAAUGGCCCUGUGAUCUACAAGCACAGAUCCCGGAUCUGCGAAUGCACAGAGGCUGAAGCAGAGAUAAUUCUGCAGCUGAAAAGUGAGCUCCGAGAAAAGGAAUUAAAAUUAACAGACAUCCGCCUGGAGGCCCUCAGCUCCGCUCAUCACCUGGAUCAGAUCCGUGAAGCCAUGAACCGGAUGCAGAAUGAAAUUGAGAUUCUGAAGGCUGAAAACGACCGGUUAAAGGCUGAGACCGGAAACGCGGCUAAGCCCGCGCGGCCGCCCUCGGAGUCCGCCAGCAGCACCUCGUCCUCCUCCUCACGCCAGUCGCUGGGGCUGUCGCUCAACAACCUGAACGUCGCUGAGUCGGUGACCGCAGAUAUUUUACUGGAUGAUGCUGGAGAUACAUCUGGACAUAAAGACGGUCGCAGUGUGAAAAUUAUAGUCUCCAUAAGCAAGGGCUAUGGCCGGGCAAAGGAUCAGAAGUCUCAGGCAUAUUUGAUUGGCUCCAUUGGUGUUAGUGGAAAAACCAAGUGGGAUGUCUUAGAUGGCGUAAUUAGACGACUGUUUAAGGAAUAUGUGUUCCGUAUUGAUUCAACUUCUAGCCUUGGUCUGAGCUCUGACUGCAUUGCCAGUUAUUGUAUAGGAGAUUUAAUUAGAUCCCCUAACUUAGAAGUGCCUGAACUGCUGCCUUGUGGAUACCUUGUUGGGGACAACAACACCAUCACUGUGAACCUAAAAGGGGUAGAAGAAAACAGUUUGGAUAGUUUUGUUUUUGACACACUGAUUCCUAAACCAAUUACCCAAAGGUACUUUAACUUGUUGAUGGAACAUCACAGAAUUAUACUCUCAGGACCGAGUGGGACUGGAAAGACCUAUUUAGCAAACAAACUUGCUGAAUAUGUUAUAGCCAAAUCUGGGAGGAAGGAAACAGAGGAUGCUAUCGCCACUUUUAAUGUGGACCACAAGUCAAGUAAGGAAUUACAGCAGUACCUGGCUAACUUGGCUGAGCAGUGCAGCGCUGAUAACAAUGGUGUUGAGCUUCCCGUUGUAAUAAUCCUUGAUAAUCUUCAUCAUGUGGGAUCUUUGAGUGAUAUCUUCAAUGGUUUUCUCAAUUGUAAAUACAAUAAAUGUCCUUACAUCAUUGGAACAAUGAAUCAGGGAGUUUCUUCCUCACCAAAUCUAGAACUGCAUCACAACUUCAGGUGGGUGUUAUGUGCAAAUCACACUGAACCGGUGAAAGGCUUUUUAGGUAGAUACCUUCGAAGGAAACUGAUAGAGUUGGAAAUUGAAAGGAAUAUACGCAAUAAUGACUUAGUCAAAAUUAUAGAUUGGAUUCCUAAGACGUGGCAUCAUCUCAAUAGUUUUUUGGAAACACACAGUUCUUCUGAUGUUACCAUUGGUCCUCGACUUUUCCUUCCCUGUCCCAUGGAUGUAGAAGGCUCCAGAGUUUGGUUCAUGGAUCUCUGGAAUUACUCUUUGGUACCUUAUAUUCUGGAGGCAGUAAGAGAAGGCCUUCAGAUGUAUGGGAAGCGCACGCCAUGGGAAGAUCCCUCUAAGUGGGUUCUUGACACUUACCCAUGGAGCGCAGCAGCUCUGCCACAGGAGGGCGGAGCGUUACUGCAGCUGCGACCAGAGGAUGUCGGGUAUGAGGGCUGCACAUCCACGAAAGAAGCCACGACCUCAAAGCACAUUCCACAGACUGACACAGAAGGGGACCCCCUGAUGAAUAUGCUAAUGAAACUUCAAGAAGCAGCCAAUUACUCCGGCACACAAAGCUGCGACAGCGAUAGCACCAGCCACCAUGAAGACAUUUUGGAUUCGUCUCUUGAAUCGACCCUCUAGAGGGUGAAAACAGCUAGGGGAAAAGAUGCUUUUAAAAAUGGUUUCUUUUGAAAGGUAUUUUCACUACACCACUGCCAGUAUGAAAGCACCCUGUCCAAGGCCCUGACCCAGAGUUGUGGUCUCCAAGAAGGCAGCAGAACCAAGUGGGAACUGCCAGGAUGCUAAAGCAAAAUGGGCGCUUAACUUUAUUUUAUUUCUAGGCAUUUUUAUAUCCACAGAAUAACAGAAGGCUCCAUCACUCAACUAACUGGAAAGGACCCUAGUGGUGGGCCACUGAAUAGAUUGCACAAGGGAUAGCCAAACUGGACUUUAUUUUCUUGGUUUUAAAAAGUUUACAAUGCAGACCUUUUUUUUAUUAUUAUUAUUUACUUUUUGUCCCUUUCUUUUGAUUCCUCUUCGGGGGUUUCUCCCCAGGCAGGGCCCAUUCCUCUGAUCUGUCCAACCUCCUUUGUGCCACAUGGUGCUGGUCACAGGGCUCCAGUAGUGUUUGUGUUGUGCACUCACCCAUUCCAGAAUGAAGUCAAGAGGCCCGUCCUCCACAAGCACAAGCAGAGUUGUGCAACAACCAGGAAAGCUGCUGUGGCCCCCUGGAGAAGUGCCAAUGAAAUUCCGACUGCCAUAUUCUCAUGAUGUGCUCCACCAACUUUUCAGUGUACGAGUCACAGGUUUUAUAAGGUUGUUUUUACCACAGUGGUCUUUUUAAACCACCUGCCCACUUCCUUAACAAGAGUUUUAUACCAAUUCUAGGUCAACACUGACAAAAGGCUUUUUAGGGCUUUAUUUGUUUGAGCCUUUUCAGUGAACGAAGGAACAUUUCCUAUGGUGCUGUCUCACUGCCUUAAAACACAUUUCUACAACAGUGUAACAGUUGGUUUAAAUCCUAAACCAUUGGUAAUUUCCACUGUCUUUUCAUUUAGAACCGAGCAAUGCCAGUUAACACAGUAGCUUCAUCUCGAUAUCAUUCAUUUUUCUUCUUUUAAGAAAUGGAUAGGAGAAAGAUCAGUAUUUUGGCCUUGUGAGUAGGUUGCUUUGCCUAUCCUCCAAACUAUUCCAGUAACCUAGAAACCCUCUUUGACCAUCACUUACGAGCAGAAAUAUGUGGCUAAAUUCUAAGUUCUAAGUGAAGAGUUCCAGAAGGUGGGAGAUUUUGAAUUCUGGUCCAGCAGGGCUGGAAGCACUAGAUAUAGCAUGAGCACAACUAUUUGGCUUUCCUUCCCUGUUCUUUGGUUUUUUUUUUUUUUUCAUUCAUUUUGAUGCAUGUUGUUUUGAUUGCUAUUGCUGUACAUGAGAAAUUCAGCAUUAAAGAACAUUGAAGCAGUAAAGUCACUGUGGAAGAGGAAGCGUAUAUACUGUAAAGGAAGGUUAGAUUUGCACAGUCUACUGGGUAGGUAUUGUAAAUAAUACUUUUUCAAACUUGCACAAAUUGAAACAAACACAAACAAAAAUUGUAUUUUAUCCUGUUGGUGUUAAGAAGUGUUUCACUUGCUGAGAUUUCCUGUACGUUGCAAACAAAUACAGAAUGCAAACCCUCAAAACUGUUAUUAUCUGUUGUAUUUGUCCUGUAUUUCCAGUUGUUAUGACUAUGCAGGAGCUAUCAGUGCUAGAGUGAGCAUGUUUCGAUACUGUACAUGAAGCCAAUACAUUUUUGGAUAAGUGAAACUGUCUGAGAGUACAUCCGUUGUGGCAGGCUUUAAAAAGAGUGCAUGCAAACUGAUCGGCCAGUGGAGAAGCUACCACCACACACAGAGCACAGGAUUUCAGUUUAUAACACCCAAGGGCUAGGCCACGGUGUAGACUUGUUCUAUGCAUGUGCAAAUGUGUGACUUCUAGGACGUGUCAUUGGUGCUACCCUCUGUGACCACCCGUGGGUCAGUUGCUUUAGAACAAUAACAGCACCAUGAGACAUCGGUGCAGUUUUUGGAGUGUCACUAAAUGUAUCGGUCCUUUCACGGUGCUAUUGCCCCGAGGGAAAUCUGAACUGAAUAUAUGCUCAUAGAAUUAUCACCCUGACUUUGAAGCCUAAAACAUGGUUCAAAUCUGUUGUGCGACAUCAAUAUGUAUAGCUGGAUAAGUGACUAGUUGCCCUUGUAUAAUAUGUGAUCGAAGAAAACUGCUAAUCUUUCCCUGCCAUUUUGAGAAACACAGUCCAGACAUGAGCAUAAACAGAAUAUCCUGCAAUACAUCCCAGUAGGUCCACCUAGUUUACAACUUAAACUAGUUUGUGAAGCAUUUGUCUGUAUACAUUUUAUAUUUUGUACAUUUUUGAUGUAACAUAUCAUGUAAAUAGGCAGAAACAGUGAAAUAAAUCAUCUGAAAAGUUUUGUAGUCUUUGUAAAGCCCUGACAAUAAGUACUUGGUGUCAAUGGACUCAACUGGAUGAUGUAUUUUCUAUUGGUUUAUUGUUCCUCUAGCUUGUAAACCAGCUUGCAUAUAUUUUUUUGCAAAUGUGCACCCUGUAUCUGUCUAAAUUAUUACUUUACCAUUAAAGUGGAAUUAU